AUGGGAAGAAUUCAAGCUGCUAGAAAUAUAAGAAAUUUACCCUGCAUAGCCAAAAGGAGUGGACUGAAAGGUGUCUGCAUGUUUGCAAUAGAUUGCAUAAAAUCUAACGGGACACAUCUAGGGACAUGUAUUGAUAAGUUUUACUUUGGCUCAUGUUGCCAAAUGAAGUUACAAGACGUAGAUUCAAUUUACAAUCCAGAAAUAAGUGAUAAUAGAAUAGAUACAAGCUUCUCCACAUCAUCACAUAACACAAACUCCAUCAGUGAAAAACCAUUUGUACCAGCAUCAUCGUCAUCAACGACUUCUCUUUCGACUCCAGUUACGCAUAUCGCGAGUAAUUAUAAGACCACAUUAAAGCCAGUAAUUAAUUACAACAACAAAACGUUUGAAUUGAUACCGACGUCGUCAAAACGUCCCCAACCAACAACGGAAAGUGCAACAGAAAAAUAUACAGUACAAGUUGGUGGCUUUACAACGACCUUAGGCACAAUCAUACAAAGAAAUAUUUCAUCUUCAAUCGGUUUGAGUGAUGAGCCUACUACAACUGAGGGCAUUAAACUCACAACAUUCCAAUCGAUUCAGGACACGAAGAAAUCAACAACAAAGUUGACAACUAAACAGCCAACAUUAAGUACAACACAAAAGAAGACUACUAAUAAGAAGCAUAGCACAAAGCCUUCAAAUUCGACUAAGAAACCAGUUUCAGUGCAAGCAUUUAAUCGAACAUCUGUUUCGUCAAGUGCGACAAGUACGGCGAAGAUAACGAGAAGACCAGUAACGACUAUUAAACCAUCCAAAAAUGCUACAUCAACUGUGAUAAAAACAACAAGAAAACCAGUCGCGUCAACAAACGUAACCGUAAAUCGUAGAACGACAAUUUCAUCGCGAAGAAAUUCCACGAUUAGCACAAGGAAACCAACAACUAUUACAACAUCAACGACACCAGAAGCGUUGAUAACAAUUUCCUAUGUUGAAACGACAAAAGUUCCACGUCCCAGACCAACACCAACCGAUUUCGUGGUGAAAGUAGAGCCUUCAACUCUCUCCACAGAAGAUUUGCUUGUCACGACAUUUUCGGUUAACUCAGUUGAUAGAACGUCAAGUAUGAAGCCUUCAUUCACAACAGCUAAGCCGACAAUGACCACAUCGACCGUUAAAUCUACGUCCGUCACGCGAAGAACAACUAAACGUCCAAGUCCAAGCUCAACGACAGUUUCUAUUAAGAAGCCUAUAACGGAACCAUCAACAAGUACAACGAUCAGAACAACAACAAUUAAUAACUUAACUUCUUCCUCUGUUAUGAAAGACGAAACAUCUUCCAGGCCGUUUAAUUUGACAUCGACAGAGAGAACGACAACGGAAGGAAAGGUUGAAAUUCCCACGACAUCAACAUCGCCAUCAGCAUUAGUAACAUGGACAAUUGAGAAUGAUUUUGUUGAGAAUACAACAAAAGAACAAAAUGAAGAUGAAGAAACCACGACAAUAGAAAUUUCCGAGUCUGAAGCUAUUAAAACUAAUCUAACAUCAUCGACAAACAUAGAAUCGGAAGACACAUCACAUCCCGUUAAUAUUUCAUCGUCAACCCAACGACCGAAUGAUGAAUCAAUGCCGGUUAUAAAUCCUGAUGAAACGACAAUGUGGUCAGUGACACAAAGAAAUAAUGAGACAUCCGAAGCAGCAUCCUCAAUUCAAACAUCGACAGAAGAAAGUGUAACGAGAUUUAAUGAAUCAUCGUCGGUAUCUUAUCCAACAAGCGCCAUUCCAAAUCUCGAAGGAGUUGAUUACAAAACAAUUUGUGGAAAGAGAAUGUUCCCUGAACCAAGAAUUGUUGGUGGAGCGAAAGCUUCUUUCGGUCGAUGGCCUUGGCAAAUUUCCUUGCGACAAUGGAGAACUUCAACUUAUCUACAUAAAUGUGGAAGUGCGCUAUUAAAUGAGAAUUGGGCGAUAUCUGCAGCGCAUUGUGUUGACAAUGUCCCGCCAUCGGAUCUUCUUCUACGAUUAGGGGAAUACGAUUUGUCAAUUGAAGAAGAACCUUAUGGUUAUCAAGAACGACGAGUACAAAUCGUUGCUUCUCAUCCACAGUUCGAUCCAAGAACAUUCGAAUAUGAUUUAGCAUUGCUUAGAUUCUUUGAACCGGUUGUCUUCCAACCAAAUAUUAUUCCUGUUUGCGUUCCCGAAAUUGAUGAAAAUUUUAUAGGCAGAACUGCUUAUGUGACAGGAUGGGGAAGACUUUAUGAAGAUGGACCACUUCCAUCAGUACUACAAGAAGUUACAGUACCAGUGAUUAAGAAUGAAAUAUGCGAGUCAAUGUAUCGUAAUGCUGGUAUUGGAUGUGCUGAGCCUAACCAACCCGGUGUUUACACAAGAAUAUCCGAGUUCCGCGAUUGGAUAAAUCAAAUAUUGAUGUUUUAGUUGUCAAAAAACAAAAGGAAAUGAUGAAGAAAGUCGCAAGAUUAAAAUUUAAAUUCCAUGCGCAUAAACCAACAGUUGUGAUUAACGUCAAUUAACUUUAUUGUUGUGUGUUCAUAAAACACGUUAAAAUAAUCGAGAAAAGCAAUCUUAAAUGGUGCUUAAAGUGGAGAUUAGCAAAUGGACAAACCAUAAAAUAAUUUCAUGAUUUUUUAUUAUAUUUCUGCAUGAGAGGGUCCUUUGAUAGCUCUCAAGAGCGCAACAAAAAAAGAAUAAUCGAAAACCUUGAUGUAAAAUCAGAUUAUGUUAAAUUAAAGUUAAAUUAUUCAAAAGCCGAAUUCUUAUUUAUUCCUAAUAACUACAAAAAAGUAUCUUUAAAAACUGACAAGAAGAUAGCAAAAUCCAUGGAAUAAUAAUUUGAAAUGUUUUCUAAACGAAUCUUUCAUUUCUCAUUAAUAUUUCAUCUUUAAGUUUUAUUUGUAUUUGCUAAGGACUUUUUAAACUUCUAAGAGAAACAAAAAUUGUAUCUGAAUAUGAAAAUGAAAGAUGAAGAAUGUAAAUUCAA